UCCCUCACCGGUCCCGGCUGUGGCGGCCCGUGAAGGUUCCAGAAGCGGCUCCGGUUCGGGCGGGCCCGGAACCGUUCGGGGGUCCCGGUUCGGGAGACCCGGAGGCUCCCGGAGGGGCUCGGCGAGCUGCCGGAGGAGCCUGGGUGUGUCCGGGGCUCCCGGUUCGGUUCCGGUUGGGCGGUACCGGUAGGGCCCGGUCGGUACCGGAGCCAUGAACGGCGGCGGGACCGGGCCGGGCCCGGUGUGGCUGGCGGUGAGCAGCUCCCUGAACGCUUUCCGUGCCUGUAAACGCUUCUCGCCUUCGCUCACCAUCGCCGAGCUCAAGUGCAAACUGGAGCUGGUGGUGGGGUCCCCAGCGUCAUGCAUGGAUCUGGAGCUGUUCGGCGCCGAGGACGAGCCCUUGGGGACACUGGACUGUGACGAGGCCCUGCUGGGCUCCUACCCCGUCACCGACGGCUGCCGCGUGCACGUGACCGACCGGAGCGGGGCCCGCGUCGGGCAGUUCGAGGACGUGUCACAAGUGGCCAAGUACGAGAUGGCCGAGAGCGACUACGACAAGAGGACAGAGUCCGUGCGCUCGUUCCUGCGGCAGCGCUCGUGGGGCCGCUGGGACCGGGAGCGGGAGCAGGAGCGGGAGCGGGAGCGGGAGCAGCGCCGGGCUCAGGAGGCGGCGGCGGCGGCCGCGCUCCCGCUCGGUGCCCGCUGCGAGGUGCGGGUGCCCGGCCAGCCCUGCCGCAGGGGCACCAUCGCCUUCGUGGAGUCCCUGUACUCCUGGGACUGCUGGGACCGGGACUGGGACCGAGAAUGGUACUGGGAGCAGUACCGGGAACGGGAGCGGGAUCAGGAAUAG